AUGGAUGCCACUUACAUGUAUAACCAGAAAAAUAACGUUAUCUGCUUUUGCGCGCCAGUAUGACUAUGCCAUAGUCAUGCUCUAUUGAUGGAAUCCUCUUUGUUAAUAACAAUAAGAUGAAUAACUGGUAUCCCUGCUAGCAGAUUAGGACGAGGCGCUUUCGGCUUUGCUGGGCGGGGCAAAUCCCUCAGCACCACACUAGCCCAUUUAAGCCAGCCAGCUAGGAGGCCCAUCCAUCCAUCCAGCGUCACCAUGCCGGACUUGGACGACGUCAACGGUGUCGUUGGAGGCGACGCAACCACAACCGCCACCGUUGCCGCCGCCACAACCAACACAGCGACCAAAACGGGUCGUGUAACCCGCAGCAGCACCGGCGGCGGCACGGCACCUCGCGCCUCCGCCGCCGCCAGCCUCGCCAACUACUUCAGCUCGGAAUCUGAAUCCGAAUCCGCAACCGAUGGGGACGAUGACGACGACGAGGGCGACACGGAUUACACGCAGGGGCAGGGCUCGGAGGACGAUGAGGAGUAUGGAGAGGAGGAUGCGGCGGGGGCGGGAUCGACGGACGACAGCGACGGCGGCGGACGCGGUAAACGCCGCGGCGGCGGCGGCGGCGGGUCUCGGAGCCGCAACCGAGCACAACAGAACCGCGGUGGCGGCGGCAGUCGCGGCGGCAGUCCCGACGGCGGCGGCGCUUACAGUGACGGCGGCUACACGUCGGGAUUCACGACAUGUGACGACAGUGACGGAGAGGACUUGUUCGGAGAGGACUGGGACCCCAUGUCGCUACUAGAGGAGCUGGAACAGCAGGGCGGAGGGGCGGCGGACGUUCCGGGACCUGGCGGCGCAGCGGCGGCGGGGGCAACGGCGGCGGCAGCAGGGCA